CAGAGAGAAGAGAGAAGAGAGCAGAGAGACAGAGAGAGUCAGACCAAGCCAUUUAAAAUUUCCAGAAAAAACAAAAAGAAACAAAUACAAAUUCAAACACCAAAAAAUGCAGAGAGAGUCAGACCACUUUUGAAAACACUUUGAAAAAGCUUUCGGAGUACUUAAAUACCAAGCCAAGUACCAGUUGUACGCAGAAAAGAAAAAACAUGAACAGCUGUGCUUCAAAGCACUGAUUGAUUCCCCCACUCUCACCCAAAACACAAAAAAAGAAACCAUCUUUUUCCCUCCAAUCAAUUAAGCAUUCUCACCUCUCAAAUACCCAAAUCCCAACACUUUUGAAACUCCUCACUGCUUCACUUUCCUUGGGCACAAUCUGAGGCUUUCAAUCAGUAACCAGAGCAAGAGGGUGUCGCUUAGUUUUCACAUAUGCGAUUGGGAUUGAGUUUCUAGCUCGGACCCAGAAUCUGGGAGCUUCAGAUCUUAGCAAUGGUUGCAGAGCUUUGGAUAUUGAAGAUGGGUAACCAGGUAAGCUCGAAUCUAAAGCAUGCUCUUUUACUUCAGCAUUCAAAGAAAUCAAACCCAAAAGCCACACCCAAUAACUCCAACACCAAAACCCAGAAGCAGACUAUAGGGAUUCUUUCAUUUGAGGUAGCUAAUGUUAUGUCCAAGACUGUUUAUUUACACAAGUCCCUCACAGACUCUGAGAUCUCUAAGCUUAAAGUUGAGAUCUUGAAGUCUGAGGGGGUCCAGAGGUUGGUCUCUUCUGAUGAGGCUUAUCUUCUUGAGCUUGCUUUGGCUGAGAAGCUAGAGGACCUGAACCGGGUCGCUGCGGUGGUGGCCAGGCUCGGCAAGAGGUGUGUUGAACCGGCUCUGCAGGGUUUUGAGCAUGUUUAUGGUGACCUUGUUAAUGGGGUUAUUGAAGUUAGGGAGUUGGGGUUUUUGGUGAAGGAUAUGGAGGGUAUGAUUAGGAAGUUGGAGAGGUAUGUGAAUGCCACCUCCAAUUUGUAUAGUGAAUUGGAGGUGUUGAAUGAGUUGGAGCAAGCCACCAAGAAGUUUCAGAACAACCAACAUGAGGAGAGCAAGAGGGCUUUUGAGCAGAAGCUGAUUUGGCAGAAGCAAGAUGUGAGGCAUCUCAAGGACAUUUCACUUUGGAACCAGACUUAUGAUAAGGUUGUGGAGUUGUUGGCAAGGACGGUGUGUACCAUUUAUGCUACGAUUCGUGGGGUUUUCGGAGACUCUGGUUUGAGCAGGGACCAUGGAGGGUCAAUUGGUGGAGGUUCGCCUCCUCCUGUGUCUGGUCAGAUUGAUGCGAGGAGGGUUUCCCAGGAGCCAUUGAAGAGGGUUCUUAGCAAGAAAAAAGGGUUUCAUUCGGGGCCAUUUGAGAAAGCUGUGGUGGUGAAAAAGGGGUCAAGUUUUAAGCCUCAGUUUGAUUCAAGGAGAGGAGGUGAAUUGGCGUUGUUUCGGGCAGAGGAUUUCAACUUUCCCUGUGGAACUAGCCCAGGGAGGCUUUUCAUGGACUGCCUAGUAAGCAGUUCGGUUGUUGAUGAUGAUGAUGUUGACAGUGCUGGUGGAUACGAGGAGCGGGGUAGCCAAACUUCAAGUUGUGGCGUGGCAAAUGGUGGUUUGAGGAGAGAUUACCCCAACCAUUCGGGUUGUUUUAGUAGAGUGCAAAUGGUUAUGCAAUCUAACUCCGGUGGAAUGAAUGGUGCCCCAUUUGGUCCCAAGAGUAGGUUGAUGGUUUAUGCUCCACCUUCUACUGUGGGAGGCUCUGCUCUAGCUUUGCAUUAUGCAAAUGUCAUAAUUGUGGUAGAGAAGUUGCUUCGCUACCCUUAUCUAGUGGGUGAGGAAGCUAGGGACGAUUUGUAUCAUAUGUUGCCAACGAGUUUAAGACUGUCUCUCAGGACUAAUCUCAAGUCCUAUGUCAAGAAUUUGGCUAUAUAUGAUGCACCUCUUGCUCAUGAUUGGAAGGAGACUCUUGAUGGGAUAUUGAGGUGGCUUGCCCCACUGGCACAUAACAUGAUCAGAUGGCAAAGUGAGCGUAAUUUUGAGCAACAGCAAAUUGUUACACGAACGCAUGUUCUUCUGCUUCAGACAUUGUAUUUUGCUGAUAGAAAAAAAACAGAGGCAGCAAUUUGUCAGCUUCUUGUUGGGUUGAAUUAUAUAUGCCGUUAUGAGCAUCAGCAGAAUGCAUUAUUGGAUUGUGCAAGUAGUUUUGAUUUUGAAGACUGCAUGGAGUGGCAAAUGCAAUGUGGAGCGUCUUUUGUUGAUUGACUACUUUACUGAAUUUGAGAUCCUCAAGAUGGUGAUAGAGACUUCUUCUUGUUCACCAUCACUUAGACGAACACUUAGGUGGUAGUGCAACAGAUUGUGAAUAUCUCAGCUUUUCACACUGAAAGCUUAUAUUGUUGAAGACUUGAUUAAUGUAUUUAAUUCCAAGGUAUGUGAAGCUUCGACUGAAGUAUAUAAUUCUGAUUAUUUGAGG